CUUUUCGGGUACCCUGUUCGCCCGUAGCUCCUCCCCCUGGUGACGUAGCUCCUCCCCUCAAUACGUCACAAGGUCCCUUCAGCCCCUCCGAUAUAGAACCAACCGUCCUACUAUGGUUGGUGGUCCCACUUUAUACUAGGAUACCACAGAUUGCUUCUCCCAUACAGGACAAAACAGGCAGCUCCCCGUGUGUAAUAGGACACUGCUGCUGCCGGACACAGCCAUACAGCCUCUAAUCGGAGUAAGCACACAGGACACUCGGAGGCUGAAAUUGAAGACAUCACUUCCGCAUUCUGGAACGCACAGGCCGGAAGUAAUGUGGGACCUACAACACGGAAGAAUGGUGUACCGCACAGACCGGAAGUCGAGCGUUUUAACGGGCCGGAAGUAGGGCGUGUAACAUCCUCCGGGUGAGAGCAGAUGAUGAUUAGCCGGGGGAGGGGGGAUAUAUAGAGGAACACAGGGGUCUGUACAAGGACGUGAUGAUGGAGAAUCACCGGCCCCUCACAUCUCUGGACGGAUACCGUAGCAGAAAUACCCCAGAGAGAUGUCAUCGUCCUUUGUCAUCCCAGGAUUGUACAGAGGAGAAUCACAGGAUCUCACAGGAGGAUCAGGGCGAAGAUCUGGCUGUAAUUAAGGUAGAAGUUGUAGAGGGAGAUGAAGAGACAUAUGUGGGGAGUGGUCAGCAGUAUAAGGAGGAAGAAAUCCAUACAGCUAUCAGCACAGAUGAAUGCCACAGCAGGAAUUCAUUGGAGGAACAUCUCAUUUCAGCUACAGAUUGUAAGAAAGAAGAUAGUGACACACAAUAUUCUCCAGGAGAAACCCCUAUUACCCUAAAUAUACAUUCAGUACCUCACAGUGCAGAUAUGUCAUCUAAUCCUUCUAAUAAUGAGGAAAGCUCUCCUGAUAUCUCAGAUCUUACACAUAGCAUAACUCAUAGUGGUAAUAAAGUAUAUACCUGUUCUGAGUGUGGGAAAUGUUUUACAUAUAAAUUAGGUCUCAUUACCCAUCAGAGACUUCACACAGGUGAGAAACCCUUUUCAUGUCCUGAGUGUGGAAAGUGGUUUACCUUUAAAUCCAGUCUUGUUGAACAUCAAAUAACACACACAGGUGAGACGCCAUUUCCAUGCUCGGAGUGUGGGAAAUGUUUUACAAAAAAAUCCAAUCUUAUUAGUCACCAGAGAAGUCACACAGGUGAGAAGCCGUUUCUAUGCUCUGAGUGCGGAAAAUGUUUCACAGAGAAAUCGGGACUUGUAAAACAUCAGAGAACCCACACUGGUGAGAAAAUGUUUCGAUGUUCUGAGUGUGGAAAACAGUUUGCGGAGAAAUCACGUCUUGUUGCACAUCAGAGACUUCACACGGGUGAUAAACCAUUUCCGUGUUCCGAGUGUGGGAAAUGUUUUACAGUUAAAUUCAAUCUUACGAAACAUCAACGAAGUCAUGCAAAUGAGAAGCCAUUUCCAUGUUCUGAGUGUGGGAAGUGUUUUAUAAUUAAAUCAGCUCUUGAAAGACAUCAGAAAAGUCACACAGGUGAGAAACCAUUUCCAUGUUCUGAGUGUGGGAAAUGUUUUACACAGAAAUCAGAUCUUAUUAGACACCAGCCAACUCACACAGGUGAGAAACCAUUUCCAUGCUCUGAGUGUGGGAAAUGUUUUAUACAGAAAUCACGUCUUGUCAGACACCAGAGAACUCAUACCAGUGAGAAGCCUUUUUAAUGUUGACGAUCCCUUAUGUGGCAAAAGCUUUACAGAAAUGUUGAUUUCUUGAUGAUCAAAACAUGUAUGGAAAACAGUUUCUGUGAGAUGACAGACACGCAACAGGGUGGCAACAAUACCCUAAACAUUGUAAAAACUUUAAUGAAAAUUAUAAAAUAAGCAUAAAUAUAUGUACAGUGUAUAUACAAAGAUAUAUUGAAAUAACUGAGUUAUAAUAGUCUUGCAGUAAAUUAGUAUGUUAUCAUUAAUUAGCAUUCAUACAAGAGUAACAUAUUAUCAGCAUAAGACUGGAAGAGAUUGCUCAUGCGCCUAAAGGUGGGUACACACUGGUAGCUAUUUCUGCCGAUCAAUUGAUCGGCAGAUUUAUCUAUGGACGGAUCGGGUAGUGUGUUUAGCAUACACACUGGCCGAUCCGUCAGGGACUGACAUCAUGAACUGGGGGGGCAUGUACACAUGCCCACCCAGUUCAGCUGUCAAUCACCGUCGGCUUCGGCCGACCGCCCGUACACACACAGCGACGCGCCAAUAUAUCGGUAGAUAUAUUGCCCGUCGGCUGUGCUGCGACGGACCCGCGAUAUAUCGGCCGUUAAAGAGAACGGCCGAUAUAUCGGCCAGUGUGUACCCACCUUUAGGCUGGCCAUACACCUUAAGAUUAUCUGUCCAACCAACCAACCAUUUUGCUGAUUGGAAGAAAAUAGUAAUGUUUUGAAGCACAGGACAAUCGACUAUUUGCACCCAAACACUAGAAAAUGGACAAUAAGGGUCAUUUAGACAACUUUGUUAAAUCUGUUUGAUUUAACCAAUUUGUUCAACCAUUUUUCCAGUGUUUGGGAGUAAAUGGUUGGUCGUCAUUUGCUCCCAUUCAUUACCAGGUUUUUAUUCCAACCACCAAAUUGGUUGGUUGGACAGAUAAUCUUACAGUGUAUGGCCAUCUUAACUUGUAGUUUCUUGUAUUUAUUUGCCUCAUACUAUUUAAUCUGCUACAAACUCACUGAGGGUCAUUUGUGAAACUGCAAACCUGGGCCGAAUGCAGAAUGCAAUUCUAUAAUGUCAUGUUACUAUAUAUUGUACAGUUGCGCCAAUUGAACAGAUAAGCACAUGGCUUAGUGGUGAAUAUGCGUUUGUGGUGGGGCAAACCUUUGCUCUUUAUACGGGAGGUCAUAGGCAGAUUUUUGAAGUUCUUUGCAGAAUUUAAUAAACAAGUGAUGUAACGCACA